AUGACCGGAGGUCUAUCGAACCCGUCUUCUAGCGAUUUAGAAGUGGUUGGUGCAGAUCGCUCAGAAACACCUAUCAACGCACGGGACAAGUUCGUUGUUCGUCCGUACUCGCCAAAUGGUAUUCAGUCCGCAUACGUACCAGACGCAUCUGUCCCAGCACCAGAACGGUACGCUGGAGUUGACAGACCCAGAAGGCGGUGGCUCGAAGGACUGAAGAAGCGGCGCGUGUAUAUUGAGUCGGCUUUCGCGAGCUUAGUUGUGAUAGGCAUCGUGGUCGGCGUUGUGUACGGAACAGAGAGGCAGCGACACGCCUCUGAUUCACGGAUGACUGACGAUUCUCAGCCAAGCAACAGUACUGUUCCGAUCGGAAAGUCGUUCAACGCAAGUUUCGGUGUGCCUGCCGGCAAUUGCACCUAUACCUGUGGGUCUUCUGUCUCAGGCUACACAGCAGGCGUUUCUCAGAACCUAUGGGGCAGCCGUACAGAUACCGAACCAGGUUGGGCGUGCGGAACUUGCUGGCACAUCCACGCAGAAACAAAUGGUCAACAGCAGCUCAUAAAUUCAACAGAUAUUGUUGUCCACGUGCAUGAUUGGUGUCCGGCCGCAAAACAUAACGAUCUCUGCCAGCAAACGGAUCUUAGCUCAACCAACAAGUAUGAUGCUGUGGUCCAUUUCAAUCUGUGUCCAGAGACUGGUUCAUCAGCUGCAUUUUUCGCGUCUGGUGAUGGCUUAGGCAUCGGGACGGCCACUCGAGUAAACUGUUUAUAG